CCGCUGAGUCCGGGUUCUAGCCGUUCUGCUACAACAAGUUGUGAAGUAUGGAGGAGCGAAUCGACUUUUCCGGCGUCUGUAAAUCAUAAAUCCGCCGCUCGGCUCUUCACCCGAAGCGAUGUGAAGGGAGGUCGGCUCGGUCGGGACCGCCUGGAGCUCCAUGGCAAACCGAGCAACUUCGAAUUCGGCUCCUAAUCCGCCCGGAACCAUGGCUGCUCAGCCGAGCUUGCGUGAAGAGCUGAACGUCCUGCGGAGGAGGGAGUGGGAGAGGAGGAACCAGGAGGCCCAGCAGGACCGGGAGCUCUACCAGGAGAACACGCCGCUCUUCGGGGAGCCCUACAAGACAAACAAAGGAGACGAACUGUCCAGAAUUGUCCAGAGGAUGCUGGGAAAUUACGAGGAUGGGAACAGCUCUCAGUAUAGCCAGUAUGAUGGGGUGACCAAGGACCGCCCCCCUGCAUCAUCGCACGGACAUUCAGGGUACCCCAUGCACAAGGACAAAACUGACCCCUCAUUCCAGAACUCCUCCGGUUACAGUACCGCCCAGUCGGGCCUUAACGGACACGGCUCAGCACAGCCCUCCAAGAAGUACCUGGUUCCAGACAGUCACGUCAAAGAGGCGCCUCUGGAGGCCCAACAGAGGAAAACGGACGCCCGGCUGGAUAUGAGUGACUACGCCACCUUUCCCCCCGUUCUUCCAGACCUUUCCCCGCCUGCCGAACCCCUGUCCCCUUUACAUUCCAGCGAGUCCAGCGACUCGGAACAGGACACGGACAACGAGAACCACCGAUCCCUUUCUCCCGAACACAACACUUCUGGCAGGAUGGAGCCGCCCCCUCACCCUGAGGCCCAGAAAGAGGUGCAGCAGCUGACCGGUGAUAUUCCUCCAUUGACUUCCCAAACCUUCCCACUCCCACUUUCCUCCAAGACCAACCUGGCCAACUCCAAGAAACCCAUGGCAUUGGUCAGACCCAUGGAUGGCCCAGACCAGGUGACCAGCGAGUCUCCGGACCUGAAACCAUCACUCGAGAAUUUCCAUGGGCAGUCUUACGAGGCCUUACCUGACCUGAAGAGCGGCGGCAAGCCAAGCCUUCCUCCGCUGAAGGUGCCGCCACAGUCGAUGGAGAUGCUGUCAAAUGAGGUUCAGUGUGUAGAGGAGAUUCUGAGGGAAAUGACCCACUCAUGGCCUCCUCUUCUAACAGCAAUUCACACGCCGAGCACCGCAGAGCCACCCAAGUUCUCCGUCCCCAACAAGGAAAUGACCCACUCAUGGCCUCCUCUUCUAACAGCAAUUCACACGCCGAGCACCGCAGAGCCACCCAAGUUCUCCAUCCCCAACAAGGAGCCCCACCUUCAUCCGGGAUACCAGCAGCCUCAGAAGCGUCAUGACUCUCUGCUCAAAUCCCCUCUGUCCCCCUGCAGGCCAGAACCCGUUGUGCCUGAAGACGGUGGCGCGGCCGUGGUGGCGCUCUCCAGUGGAGGGGAGUCCGGCAGCUCCAGCGAUUCGGAGAGCAGCUCGGGGUCCGAAUCUGACAGCGAGGGCAGCGAGAGCGCCGCAGAGGAGAACCCACCGGCCCCCCAGGAAACCACACCGUCAGCCAAGGCUGAAGGUCUCAAAGACAUCAACUGGCAGUUAAUCACGUGGAUCAAGGAGAGCCAGCAGAGCCUGAACCCUCAGAACCACAGCGAAGUCGCCCCAGACGCCAAAACCGCUCCGAGCACUAAGCCUCAACCCCGCGCCCCUCCACAGGAUGAGCCCAACCCCAAAAACAGGCGGCACUACGGCUCCCACAGCCCCCCUGCCCCGCCACAGCCCACCGAUACUGACGCAGAAGCAGAGUCUGCCAGCUUGAGCCAACACGCUAGCAAGCAUGCUAACCACAAGCCGGUUUCCAAGCCCUCGGAGGCGGGACACAGGAAGACUGUGGGGAACAAACAGCCAGGAAGGAGCAGCAAAGCCCCCCGGCCGGAGGAGGCCCAUGCCGGCCUGCGGGUCGAGAGCGUGGAGCUGACCCCGCGCGAUAAAGACGCAACGUUCACAGACAGACCGAAGGUCAAAACGAAAACCAGCCACAAAUCUGACGGCAAGAGGACCUCCAAGCACCGCUCAGACAAAAAGGAAGGGAAGAAUGCAGCUCCUAAAGCCACAGAGACGGAGGGAGGAAAGGAGGCUGAACCUGCCCCCCUUCCCAGCCCCGCUGCCUUACGCUCCACCGUUCCGCCCACAGUAAGCGCCAGCACCACGAGUGGUGUUCGAACCGAAACAGUCACGCCCACAAAGAGCUCGAAAAAGAGCCGCACUCGCUCGCCCACCAGAGACAGGAAGAAAGAGAGGGCGUCCAGGUCGGCCACUGACCGUCCGCAGAGCCUGGUGGUGAAGAUCGAGCUCAGCCAGCUUUCCAGAGUCCCGACGCCGGCCAAAGCAGCCAAGGCCAGUGAGGGUUCCUCAAAGAAAGCCGGCCAGGAAAAGAAGCGCGGUUCUGCUGCCAAAGCAGGCAAGAAGCGACCUGCCGAGAAGGCGGAGUGUUCUGUGCCAAAGAAGAAACCAAAGCUGGAGAAGGAGAGCCGGACGUCCUCAUCCUCUCAGCACGGCUCCAAAACAGAGGCCUCCAGGACCAUCACUGAGGACAAGGAGAAGAAGAGCAGUAAGAAGGUCCUUCUUCCUCCUCACUCGUGUCAGGAUCAGCUGAAGGUUUCAGGAAACAAGCGCCGCAGUGGGGAACCGGAGGAGAGCAGCUCCAGCAGUAAACAUAAGAAGAGGAGCUCCAGCAAGCAGGAGCACAGCAGGAGUGAGAAGAAGCCAUCAAAAAGCAAUGUAAGCUCCUCAGAGACCCCCACUUCCUGUACUGCCCCAGCAACACACAGACCACUGCUGACGUUUGAGGACAGGCAGUUCUCUGUGGAUCACCACAUGAAGGAAGCCAAAAAGCUGAAGCACAAAGCAGAUGCCACGCUGGAUAAAAUGGGAAAAGCCUUCAGCUACCUCGAUGCUGCCAUGUCCUUUGUGGAGAGCGGCAUUGCCAUGGAGACAGAUCCCCAUACGCCCAAGUCGGCGUACACCAUGUUCUCUGAAACUGUGGAUCUGAUCAGAUUCAUCCUGAAACUGAAGAACUACUUGGACCCGUCAGCUCCGGCGUCUGAACGCGACUUUCUUGUCCUCUGUAUGCGCUGCCAGGCUCUCCUGCAGAUGGCGAUGUUCCGCUGUAAGAGAGACUCUGCGCUGAAGUAUUCCCGCACAUUGACUGACCAUUUCAAGAAUUCGAAGAGUGUGCAGGCUCCCUCUCCCUGCAUCUCAAAAAGUACGGGCACACCUUCCCCCAUGUCCCCGAUGCCGUCUCCUGCAAGCUCGGUCAGUUCAGGCCCCGCCUCCAACCCAGGCAGCAGCAGCACUGUGGCCAUUCCACAGGUCAUCCAGCAGGUGGCAUCCUCCUACGUCAACAUCACUGCCCUUUUCCUCAGCGCUCACGACACGUGGGAGCAGGCUGAGGAGCUUGCACGGAAAGGCAGCGGUGUGCUGAGUGAGCUAGACGCCGCGCUGGGGCAGCUGAGUCUGACGUCUGGAAUGACCCCUCUGGUGCGCUACACCCGCCAGGGCCUCCACUGGCUCAAGCUGGAUGCUUCAAAUGCUCGCUGACCUCCGCUGGCCCAGGGGGGACCCAGCCCGUUAGGUCGGUGUGGCUUUAGGUUCUGUUGCGGCCGAUGAGGACGAGAGGGGCAGGACGUCCCGCACGUUGUUCCUUUUGCACUUUGUUCUGAAAGAAGCCGAGUCUGGGACCGGACGCUUCGCCAUUAAUUCUGCACAUGGAGAACGUGCCUAAUAAACUGACCAGACCGGAUCAGAUCUGCGCCACAGGCGCUGUUUGACCACUGUGUUUAGGGAAAGCCACGAGUGACCAAUGAGGACUGGACGGGACUUUUGUUUUGUUUUUGUUUUUUGUACUGCCUUUGAGUGAGUGAGACAGAGCAGCCUGGAACACGGAACAGUCUCCGUUCUCUUACUGCGGUGGAGAGAGGCUGUGAGUAUCAGCUCCACACUACAGACGCCCGUCUGCGCCCAAGCUUCCUCUCAAUCAUCAUGAUGAUGAUGAUGAUGAUGAUGAUGAUGAACUGAAAACAAACUCUGGACACACAUUGGGUCCUCUUGCCUGUGGUAGAAACCCUACAGCGAUCUCAAGAUUAUUUAUUUUUGCCUAUAUUAUUAUUAAUAUUGUUAUUAUUAAUGCAGUUUAUCAUCAGUAAUAUAUUGAUCAUGUUGAAUGAUUUAGGUUUUUCGCCCUCAGUCUGCUAUUAUGUUGACUAUGAGAACACCAGCAAAGUGUCGAGGCCUCCAAGACACGCUUUUAUUUUUUAUUUCUUAUUUUUUAAAGUUGAAUCCUCUUCCCCAUGAACUUCAGUCUUAUCACACUUCAGUAUUUUAAGUCUUCCCAGUUCAAAUUUAGACAUUUUUUGAUUGAAUAAGGGUGUUUUCAACAAAAUUUCUGCAUAAUCCAGAGUGUGAGGUGUAAUCAGAGGUUCAGAGGGUUUGGUGUGAAGUGGUUCAGACGUCUUUACUGCGGUGGUGAUGGGAACCAGGCGUCGCCAUGACGACAACACA